UGGCUGGGAGCUGAGCAUGCGUUAUACGAGGCUUAGGGCUGAAAACUCGCAGUGCCGGCGAAUUGGUCAGCCGGGUGAGUGGAGCGGACAGGGGCCGGUGAAUAUGUUGGACGGCAACGCUCAAAGUUCGCAUAAGAAACUCCAGAUUCGGCGUUUGUCGGGUGCAGGUUUGCCUCAGACAACAGGCCCUGAGUUAAGGGCUUUUGCCCGGAAUGUCGCUUUUACUGCUCCUCGGAUGCUGCCUGAACUGCUGUGCUCUUCCAGCACCACUGAUCCAGAACCCGAGUUAACGGCCGCCGGGGUUGACGGCGCGCACAUAUAGCCGCCAUCUUUAUUGAGAGCACGGCUCUGCAGAACGCAUGCGCAGCACCUAGCGUCAUGGAAGCUGGCAAACCCGGAUGAAGGGCCCAGUGAAACAAUGAGACAGAUUUUUCCCACAGUGCGUUGCAAAGCUUGAGGGCAAGCAGCAGUAACAACAACAACAACUUACAUUUUAAUACCGCCUUAGACAUAAUAAGCCAUCCCAGUGCAUUUCACAGAAAAGAGGAUGUUAGAAAGAGAGAAUUUGUUGAUGGGAAACCUGAACUGUAUAUCACACCAAGAUCCGAGAAGUCACUCAAUUCAUCAGCACAUGAAUGUUACAUGCACGGAUACCGGGCACUGACACCUGAGUGGAAAGAGUUUACUGGUUACACAACCUGAGAGCGUGUGAGAAAGAGCUUACUGUGGAAAGAGAUUAAUAAAGUUGAAGUCAGAGAGAGACAAUAGGGGGUGGAGUUAACCUGAGGGUUACUGUGCCUCAAGUGAAAAACAAGAUGGGAUUUUCAUGAUAACAUCAAUUGGUACAGGAAUUGAACCUGUGCUGUUGGCAUCUCUCUGCAUCAAAAAUUACAUGGUACAGGACACCCAGAAAGAGUUUUAGCCAGUUUGACACAACACCCUGAAAACAUCACACCACAGUGGGGUGAAACCUAUUCUGUAUCUGACCAAAGCUCGAGCUUAUAUUUCAAGCAGGAAAUCCACAAGGAUUUCCUGCAUCAUGGAGAAACCUUGGAAGUGUGAGAACUGUGGGAAGGGCUUCAGAUACCCAUCCAGGCUGGAAUAUCAUCGACGCAGUCACAUUGCGGUUAAUACUGUGGAAAAACGAUGGAAAUGUGAGGAUUGUGGAAAAGGCUUUGAUUACCCCUGUCUGCUAGAAACCCAUCAACGCAUUCACACUGGGGUCAGGCCAUUUAUCUGCUGUGUGUGGGGAAAAGGAUUUACUAACUCAUCCAGCCUCAUGUUACACCAGCAAACUCACAGUGAUGAGAGGCCGUUCAUUUGUUCAGUGUGUGGGAAGGGGUUUACUAAGUCAGCGAACCUCAUGUUACAUCAGCGAAUUCACACUGGGGAGAGGCCAUUCAGCUGCAUGUACUGUGGAAAGAGGUUCAGGCAGACAUCUGCCCUCUCUGCACACCAGCGAAUUCACACUGGGGAGAAGCCAUUCACCUGCUCAGUAUGUGGGAAGGCAUUUGCUCAGUCAUCCAGUCUCCAGUCACACCAGCGAAUGCACAACAGGAAGAGACUAAUCAGUGACAGUUGCUGCAGAAAAAAGUUGAAGUCUUCAGCUAACACCAUGUCAUACCAGCAAGAAAAAACUGGACAGAGACCAUUCACCUGCUCCGUAUGUGGGAAGGGAUUUACUCAGUCAGCCAGCCUCAUGUCACACCAGAGAAUUCACACCAAACAGAUGCCAUUCAGUUGUACUCACUGUGGGAAGAGAUUCAGAUCUUCAUCUAACCUCAGUGCACACCAGCGAGUUCACACUGGGGAGAAGCCAUUCAUCUGCUGUGUGUGGUAAGAGAUUCACUCAGUCAUCCAACCUGGUGGUACACCAGCAAAUUCACACUGGAGAGAGACCAUUCAUCUGCACUCAGUGUGGAAUGGGAUUCACUCGGUCAGCAAGCCUCAUAUUGCACCAGCGAAUUCACACUGAGGAGAAACCAUUCAGCUGCACUCAGUGGAAGAAGGUUCAGGCAGUCAUCCACCCUCACUGAACACCAACACACACACACUGGAGAGAGACUAUUCACAUGCUCUGAAUGUGGGAAGGGAUUCACUCGUUCAGCCCGCCUCAUGUCACACCGGUGAAUUCACAAUGGAGAGAAGCCAUUCAGCUGCACUCACUGUGGAAAGGGAUUCAGCCAGACUUCUGACCUGUCUGCACAUCAGCGGAUUCACACUGGGGAAAAGCCA